CUUGUCUCGCGUUUUCCGUCAAGUACACGAGCUCUCCACAAGCUUGACGCUUCCAAAACAAACCUUUCACUUUGGAAUGAAAUGCGCUGAAAACCUGGUCAGUGCUGUAGACAUCGAACAUGGCUGACCCUCAAAAAAAAGAGCAAGCCAAAGAGUCUCUCGUCGUUACUGCCAAAAAAUGGGGAGCCUACCUGCUUACGCUCCUAACAGAGAAUCCUGUUCCUCCAGCUCUUCUUGCUACGCUCAUCUUCGCACAGCAUGCUCGACCUUUUCAACCACUUCCCAUGUUGUUCCCUCCCUUGUUACUCUUCUCGACCUAUCUCAACCUCCAAGGGUUCAAGAUUGACAGCGCAGGAACGACGGCUGCACUGAGUGGCACCUACCUGGUCCUUGCUGGAAGGAGGCGAAUGGGCUUCAUGAAUAAGUUCGGUGCGAGGGGUAUCAUUCGAGGUGCCACUAUGGGGUUGUGUCUGGUGAAUUUGGUAGGCGGAGGCCUUGCGUAUGGAUUUGGAAAGAGAAGAGAGGAGGACGAAAAGAGAAAACAGCCAUGAUCAAGUAGAUGAGAUGCAACGUCUGAAAGUUUGCGGAAUUUGGAAAGAAUGCGCUGGCAAUGUCACCAAAACCUGAACACCAUCAGUGAAAUGUUGUGGCGUGGCUGUUCUACAACAACGUCUGGCGCAAUUGAGAUCGAGAGCUGCAAACAGCCCAGUGAUUUAGCAGCAGCAACAAACUGGUUCUGAAUUGUGAGAUUGAAUGCGGUAUGCGCGCUGAGAUCAAGAGCUGAGGACGAUCAUUGCAUGUGGCCGCGAGACGCUUUUCGUAAUGAUGGAUUGACGGAGAGAGGGCAAACAGAUGAUUGAACCACAAGACCCAUGCCUUCUUUUUCACUCAUGUAUUUGCGAAUCGAUACUGGGAGAAUCACCGGGAAAUGAUUGUCGCUGGACAUUGGAGAUUCCGGCUUCGGGCCAGGACGGCUGAAUGUACUAUACAGGAUGGUAAAAUCAAACGGAAGCAAAAGCGAUUCAAUUGACUUCGAUUUAUGCACACAUGGUACAUAUGACAAAAUCCCACACAUGAUUAUGGAUUGACC